AAGGUACAUUUAGGAAACUGGCCAACAAGCAGCCAGCUGGACUUCAACAAAUACAACUUUUCAGAGAAGAUGGAGCAGGCUAGCUUCCUUCAAGUUGUGGACAGGCAGACGAAGACUUUGGCAGAGUCCUCUGAAGGGCAGGUUAAAAAGACAGAUGAUUCUCCUGUUGCACUGGACCUACAGAACUUAUACCAUGCUUUAAAUGAGCCAGAGCAUAACCCAGCUGUCUGCUCAAGUCAGAUUGCUGGUCAUUCCUUUCCUGUUUCAAGGAGAAACAGUGCUGAUGCAAGUAUUACUUCCCAGACAGCAAUCCCUUGCUUUGCUUUCAAUGGUCCAUACUUGUACAGCCCAGUGAUGUCCUCCCAGCCUGAUAUGCAUCAGACCCUGGCAGUGGACCCAAUGGGAGUCCGUGAGAAAUCAGUUUCCCUUCAGUAUGUGACCCUCCCAAAGGAAGACUGUCCCCAGGCUCCACAGAGGCAAGAACAGCCAGCAGCAGCUCCUCCACAGCCCUUCCUGCUCCCAGAUCAGAAGGAAAUGAUGCAGCACCUCGACAAUGAGAAAGAAGUCUCACCGGCCCCACCAGCUUGUGGGAAAGGCACGAACGUGAGAACAGAAGAGCAGAAAUCUCCAAAGGCUCUUAGCUGUAUCACCUCCCCUCAGCAGUGCCCCUUGGAGUACAUCACCACAGAGAGCCUGUCAUUGCCAUCAGCCAGCGACUCCACCCAUCUGCCACUUGUCACUGCUGGGGAGUUACCUUGUGACUCACAGGAGCCCCAGGCCCCCAGUGACCACGCUUGCCAUGAGUUUUCUCCUGGGAAAACUGGUGUCGUGGUCCCAGUUUCAGGUCAAGCACCAACCUCUUCUGAAUUGCGCCUGGAUACAUUUGGAGACUAUCUUACUGUCCCUUUAGGUCUCCACGGACAUUCAGAACCCUCAAAGAUUUCUUUGCCUGUCUUACAGAAGGGAAACGAUCUUCCUAGAAAGCAGCCUUUGUCAGAGGGUAACUUGGUGGUGUUAAACCCUGACAGUACUGAGCCACUCUUCCUUUGCCAGGUUGGUGACUAUUGCUUCCACAGCCUAAAAUCCAGUAUGAAGAUGGAUAUUAGUCAGGAAGACCACCAAGUAAAGAAACCUUCUGAAGGCAAGACAACACCUGGGAAGCCUGUAUCUGAUGAUGAAUCCAUGACUGGCAAGGAAAAGGAUGAAUCAAAAAUGCAGGCUAUUCAGCUUUUCAAAAACCUGAAAUCAGAUGAUUACUUCUCUUGGCAGCAAUCUUUGAGGAUCACAGAAAUCUGUUAA